AUGGUAGUCUCCAAAGAAGCCGCCAUUGUCCCCACGUCUGAAUGUGGGGACCUCCAACCCUCCAAGCUGACCGUCAACCCCACCUCAACAAGCCCGUCCCAGCAAGUGACUCAACCCAGGCUUGUGGCUGCUGACCAGCCCUGGAAGGCGCCCGGGCGCAGCGGCCUUCUCUUGGAGUUGGGUAGCUUCCACGUGGUCCUCUCUCUGCUGCACGUGGCCUUUGGGAUCUACCUGCUCUGCGAAGUCAAGAACUUUCACCUGAUGGUGGUGGCAUCCUGGUACCCAUUCUGGGGGGCUGUCUCUUUCUUCAUGUCGGGGACCGUGACCCUCACAAGGAACGUGUUUCCUAAAUUUUACCCGUCGUGCCUGGCUACAAACAUCAUCAGCUUUCUCUGCGCGCUGGCUGGCUUCUUGGUCAUCAUCAAAGAUCUCUUUCUGGAUGGCCCGUUUCAGUCCCCAAUCUGGAGAAUGUACCCCAACAGCAUGGUCCACAUCCAGAGGAUAGAGCUGGGCCUGCUCUGCUUCACCUUCCUGGAGUUCUUCCUGCCCAUCUCCGCGGCCAUCAUCGCCUUCAGGGAGAAGCCCGGGCUCACACAGAAGGAGGUCCUGUGCCUUGGCACCACACCCUUGGAUCCGCUGAGCCCGCCUACGAGCAGCGCCAUCGUUUCAGAAGGCAGUGACUGUGCCCACCCCGGGACGGAGGCGAAAUGAGAGCAAGCGGAGGUGAAAACCGAGUUCCGCUGUGUUGUGGCCGGGGUAGACCACAGGAGAGAACCAGCACAGCCCACCGCCUCUUUGAGGUGGAACCCGGUGGGGGAGAGGAGCACUAGUCAAAUAGUCACAAAUAAA